AGCAGAGGGACUGUCUCUACUUUCUCAGCACCAGGCAGAGACCCAGGGAACCGGCCCCAACUCUUGUCAUGUUUGUCACUGAGGGCUCCCUGGUGGCUGCCAUCUGGGCAGCGCUCCAUCCUAGGACUCUGCUGCUGGCUGCUGUCCCUUUCCUGCUCCUGACCAACUACCUAAUAAACAGGCGCCCCAAGAACUGCCCUCCAGGGCCCUGGCGCCUGCCUUUUGUGGGAAACUUGCUCCAGUUGGAUUUGGAACAGUCGCAUCUGGCAGUUCAGCAGUUUGUGAAGAAGUAUGGAAACCUAAUUAGCCUGGAUUUUGGUAACAUCCCUUCAGUGGUCAUAACUGGACUGCCCUUAAUCAAAGAAGCUUUCACUCACAUGGAACAAAACUUUUUGAAACGCCCCAUUACACCUCUCAGAAAACGUGUCUUUAAUGACAAUGGAUUGAUCAUGUCCAAUGGCCAGACAUGGAAAGAGCAAAGAAGGUUUGCACUAAUGACACUCAAGAACUUUGGAUUGGGAAAGAAGAGCUUAGAGCAGCGCAUACAGGAGGAGGCCAGCUAUCUUGUGGAGACCAUAGGAGAGGAGAAAGGACAGCCUUUUGACCCUCACUUCAAGAUCAACAAUGCAGUUUCCAAUAUCAUUUGCUCCAUCACCUUUGGGGAGCGCUUUGAAUAUCAUGACAGUCGGUUUCAGGAGCUGCUGAGGUUAUUAGAUGAGGUCACAUGUUUGGAGGCAUCAAUGAUGUGCCUGCUCUACAAUGUCUUUCCAUCCAUAAUGAAAUAUCUUCCUGGAUCACAUCAAACAGUUUUCAGAAACUGGGAAAAACUGAAACUGUUUGUGUCCCACAUGAUGCACAGUCACCAGAAAGAUUGGAAUCCUGCUGAACCAAGAGACUUCAUUGAUGCUUUUCUCACAGAAAUGUCAAAGUGCCAAGACAAGACUACUACAAGUUUCAAUGAAGAAAACCUCAUCUGCAGCACUCUGGACCUCUUCUUUGCUGGAACAGAGACAACAUCCACGACCCUGCGCUGGGCUCUGCUCUACAUGGCUGUAGACUCAGUUGUGCAAGAAAAAGUACACACUGAGAUUGACAGAGUGAUUGACCAUGGGAGGCAGCCAAGCACAGCUGACCGAGAGUCCAUGCCCUACACCAAUGCUGUCAUCCAUGAGGUGCAGAGGAUGGGCAACAUCAUCCCCUUAAAUGUUCCCAGGGAAGUAACAGCUGAUAGCACACUGGCUGGUUUCCAUCUGCGUAAGGGGACCAUGGUCCUGAGCAAUUUGACGGCUCUACACAUAAACCACAAAAAGAGGGCUACCCCAGACACCUUCAACCCAGAGGAUUUUUUGGAGAAUGGAGAAUUUAAGAAGAGAGAAUCCUUUCUGCCUUUCUCAAUGGAGGUAGGUCUAGAAACAAGAAGGAAUUGAGUUCUCCAUCAAUAAGAGGGAUCAAUCCAAAAGCCCUCUUUCCAUUGUUCAUGAGGGGAAGAUGGAUGAUGGAAAAUCUUCAAAGGUUUCUCUGGAUUGGAAGACAAUGUGUUAUUGAACUUGUGGUCACCACCUGUGCUCCACGUCAGGUAUGAGUACCCUACCUAUAGAAACCAAUAAAAAGUAUUAAAUGAAACAUGCAAAACAUAAAAAGGGUAUUUACUCAAUGUGACCAAAUUAAAUAGAUUUAUUUAAUUUGAUCACAAGUGAGAGUCCAGAGUAAAUGAUCAAAAGUUCAAGUUUAUCAUGUGAACUUAAGGCAGCAUCCUUUUCAAUUUUAGAGAUAAUCAUCUGAGGAUGACAUGGUAUUACAGAAAAAUCUACCACCCUCAGCGUUACUUUAGGUUGAAAAAAAAUAAGCAAAAAGAACAUUAACUCAUUUAAUAUGUAGUCAGUUGAAUUCCAUUUCCCAUGCCUGCUUGCAUAUAUAUGAAAGAAGUGGAACUAAACAGAAGAAUAGCAUCAUAGACCAGCUAUCAGCUACAUGUUUAGUACCAAUCUCACAUGUAUUUUGUCCUUGUAUACAUAAAGAUGAUGUGACCCAU